AUGUCAGCAGAGCAAUUCUCAAAGCUCUCUCUCGGAGAGAAAAUGGUAACCACUCGUGCUGGGGCCGCAAGGGCAGCAAGAGCCAGUCUGCACUCCUCGGGAUCAGAGCACUCCAACCAGGACCAACCGAUACCAUCCGUCGAGCCCACCGUCUCGCCUACGCCUUCUCUUGUUAUAUCCACCAAAAACCUCCAGUACAAUGUCUCGGCUUUCGACAAGGACCUUCGCAGGAGGGCCAGGAAAGGACUUGAGGGCAAACAAAUCAGACUCAAGUACUGCGCCAUCUCCGAGGAUGAAGAAAGCCCGGCUGGAAGCCCGAAGAAGUAUUUCUAUCUCGACGACGACAUCACUGUAGCCAUAGGCGGCACGUUGGCACGACCGAGAUGCUCGUGUGGUGCAAAUGAGACGGGCGUCGCCUGCAAGCACAUAUAUUGGGUAGGUGACCAGAUCAUGUCAACUAGCCCCGACGACAUUGUCAAGACGCCUCUUCAUCUUUCGCCCGAUGGCUCAAAGAUUGAAGACGUAAAGCCAGACAACAUCCUGGACACCAAAGGCCUGGCAAACAUUGCCAACGAUCUGAAGUGGGUAUACCGAGAUGACGAACUACCCGAAGACGACGAAGAAAUGCGGGAUGCGAUCACCGACAUGCUCUCUUGUUUUGCCCCUCAAGAAGAGUUACCCGACGAGUUUAAAUGCCCUGAAUCACCACUUACAUCAGAGCGCUCGAAAAAGUACCAGGAGCUCGCAGACCUCAUCACCGAGUACGCCAACCGAGAUGCUAGUUUGUACCUUCGUGUGCGCAAGAUUAUCGAUCCCGACUUUGAGAGCCGUGUCUUUUUUGAAAAGGUCGACAACCGCAUGAUCUUGACCUUCAACGCGCUCGAGGAGUACAUUGCAAAGGGGCCCGCACAUGCAAUUCCAGGACUGCUCCGCUUCGACGUGCCCAGCUGCGCGAAGAGACUCACAUUGCUCGUCACUUCCAUCGACGAGUUCUACCGGAACCACGCACAUGUUGAAGAUGUAGCUGUGCGGGCAGCAGCAGCUCUGAUUACGAUUCUCGACCGCGUCACAGACCGCAACGUGAACGCAUACGAGGACAUUACAUGGGAUUUCGAAGCGCCCUCGGAUCCCACGCAGAGCAACCUUUACAUUGCGCUCGUGGGAACAUAUGAGGAUGGCGACUUGCCCUUUGUCCUAGAUGCCCUUGGGUCGUUGCCGCACGAGGCCGUGAUUCGCAAUCACUGGGAGACGCUGCAGGGUAUCGAGCAAAAGCUUGCCGAGUCCAGUGCCCCCGUUCAGUACAUGAACAUUUUCCGCAACAUCGUCUAUGAGAACCGCAAGAGGGCCGGGUCCGAAGUCCGCGAGCGCGAGCCCAAAAGAGCGAUGCAGUAA